ACUGGGCCUCUUUGCGACUCCUGGCCGGAGCUGAUCAGCCCUUCUCCCUGGCUCGAGCCCCAGCAGCCUCUCUCCCUCAGGAGCUAGAAAGCAGCCCCUUUCUGUUUCGUCCCUUACCCGCGAGCCCCAGGGCGCUUGGGACGCGCGACCCUCUCUCGGAAGAGGGCAGGGAAGGGGCGCGAUUUGGGAGCGGGGAAGGGGGCAUUUGCAGAAAGGACGCAGCUGCAGGAUAAAGCUCACUGAUGGCUCAGUUGGGAGCAGUUGUGGCUGUGGCUUCCAGUUUCUUUUGUGCAUCUCUCUUCUCAGCUGUGCACAAGAUAGAAGAGGGACAUAUUGGGGUGUAUUACAGAGGUGGUGCCCUCCUCACUUCCACCAGUGGCCCUGGUUUCCAUCUCAUGCUCCCUUUCAUCACGUCGUAUAAGUCUGUGCAGACCACGCUGCAGACAGAUGAGGUGAAGAACGUGCCUUGUGGAACUAGUGGUGGUGUGAUGAUCUACUUUGACAGAAUUGAAGUGGUAAAUUUCCUGGUCCCAAAUGCAGUGUAUGAUAUCGUGAAGAACUACACUGCCGACUAUGACAAGGCCCUCAUCUUCAACAAGAUCCACCAUGAGCUGAACCAGUUCUGCAGUGUGCACACGCUCCAGGAGGUCUACAUUGAGCUCUUCGAUCAGAUUGAUGAAAAUCUCAAGCUGGCUUUGCAACAGGACCUGACCUCCAUGGCCCCCGGGCUCGUCAUCCAAGCUGUGCGGGUGACAAAGCCCAAUAUACCCGAGGCAAUCCGCAGAAACUACGAGUUGAUGGAAAGCGAAAAGACGAAGCUGCUCAUCGCAGCCCAGAAGCAGAAGGUGGUGGAGAAGGAGGCUGAGACAGAGCGGAAGAAGGCCCUUAUCGAGGCAGAAAAAGUGGCUCAGGUGGCAGAAAUCACCUAUGGGCAGAAGGUCAUGGAGAAGGAGACCGAGAAGAAGAUUUCAGAAAUCGAAGAUGCUGCGUUUCUGGCGCGGGAGAAGGCAAAGGCUGACGCCGAGUGCUACACCGCUAUGAAAAUCGCCGAGGCAAACAAGCUGAAGCUGACCCCAGAGUAUCUGCAGCUGAUGAAGUACAAGGCCAUUGCUUCCAACAGCAAGAUUUACUUUGGCAAGGACAUCCCGAACAUGUUCGUGGACACUGCGGGCGGUCUGGGCAAGCAGUUUGAGGGGCUCGAGGACAAGCUGAGUUUCGAUGAUGACCCCUUGGAAGUAGACCCUGAGGAGAACUGAAGUGUUUGUGUACAGCCUCAAAUGACACUUAGAAGAGAUCUUUAUUUUUUAAUGAUGAACUGGGACACUCCUCCCUCCCACGUGACCUGCUUUGACUCUCUUUCACAUUUGGCGGUGAAAAAAGAAGAAAUGCAUUUAAAUCAAUUCCCCUCCCUGGGAAAGGAGGGCAGGGGGUGAUGAUUUGGGGUUUUAUUCAGGUAAGUGGGUCAGAUGACGUUGGUUAAGAUCGGGAAACCAUGGCUUUGACCUUUGACCUCUAGACACUAAUUAUAGCCCUUUGAAGCUGAUUUAUGUAGGGAUUCGAUCCUUACAGAGUGGGAGAAAUGAGAAACUCGUAGGGUGUUGGCUUCUGGGUGAUUUGACUGCCUUUCUUGGGAAAAAGCGGGCCAAUCUUAGCCCUGCCUCCAGGGUGGGAGAUGCCCAUGAGUGAGGCUCGGCGCCUGAGCAAACGCGUGCUUCUACAUCUGCCCGCCGAGCUGCGGGGGACAGCUGCAGGGGACGCUGGGCUUGGCGGGUGUUUCUGUUGGGGUGUCUGAGUUACUCUUGAGGCGCGCUUUCUUGAGCCCUCUUAGGGAAGAGCCAUGCUAGGCUUUGCAGGCUCUUCUCUCCGCCACCCCCCUUCCCCCAGGGUCUCUCAGAGUGGUGGUUUCUGACUACAUUCCACACGCUUCUUUUUAAAACUUUCUGCCUGUGCUGUGGUUCGGUUUUCUCCUCUCAAAUCUGUUCAUUGAUUCCACUCGGCUUCAGGAAGACAGGAACAAACAACCCAAGCGUCUUAAUAGCUGCUGAAGUGGGGUCGUUGUCUCUCGGCCGCCGUGGCAUGUGCUUGGCCAGCAUUCGGGAUCAAGUGUCUUCUGCAGUGGGAUUCUGUAUUGAAGAGCCCAUGGGGGAUGAGGGGGUCCCUGGAAGAUCUCCCAGUCGUAAUGCCUCUAGCUUGUGCUGGCAGUAGUCUGACGAAGUGGUAAAAAGGGAGCCCAUUCUCGGAGUAGCAUGUGUUUUUAAAUCUAGGGCACCAACAGCCACACAGGGGUCAGACUGGGUGCUAAGUCUCCAGGGACAGCGAUGGGGGUGCUUGUCCGAGGUCUUGCCCCAGCCCCUGGGUCGGAAGGGCUGCCUCAAAAUCUGUUCAGAUGUUUGGUUUUGAUUUUAGUUUAGUUCUUUCCAUUUCCAAUUAGGAAAAAUUUGAGUCACUCUGGGAGAUUUGGGAUGGAGGAGAACAAACGUGAAUGAAAGGUUUUAUUCACUCCUGAAAUUGGCGGUGGGGGACAGUGUCCAGGGUAACGUAGCCCACGAAUCGUGCACCGGGUGCUAGGUUAUCUCGACUUACCUUGCAAACAUGUUGGUAUUCUCCAUGACAAGCUCUAGCUUAGGAUCCGGCCUUGUUAUUAGCUGCCCCCCCCCCCAAAAGGAGCUAUCACUGUCCCCCCUCACUGGUACUAUGAAUGAUGCUUUCUGGCACAGAUCCCCACCUCAUGUUUGGUCCCAUGCCCAGACUUCUGGCAUAUUGAACGGUCCCAAAAUUCAGGCCAGCUUGCUCCCCAAGUAGUGCCAGGCUUGUCUAGAGUUUGGGGAGCAGUCCACCUGCUUAGGUAGAAACAAAGUGUUAACUCCUUCUCUGUUCUCAUUGCUGGGACUUAGACUUCUCAAGCCACUGGCCCUGGUCACCCUUUGUGCAAGCAACCACAUGUUCGUGGGAAUGGUGGACUUUAAUGGGCGCCCAGGUGCUUGCAGAAGACAGGUGGCCCCCCAAGGCCAACAGGACAUCCAUCAUUCAGAUACACUCGCCCUCCUCCAUUUCAGUGCCACUGAUCACUUGUUAGGAGCAAUAGGACACGUGACAUCCAGCGCCCCCAAUUUAUCUAUUUGUCAGCUCCCCCUACCCUGAGACUUGCUGCCUGGCCUCAGAAAACACUACUUCAACAGAAUAAGGAUAUCUCAGCCUCUGAAUAGCAUGUUUGCUCAGAUCCUUAACUUUAAAGUCUCUCUAAUGCCAACAUCCUGUGAUAGCUCGUCCCUGGCACUAGAUACACUUUAACCACAACAGAGCCUCAGUAAAGUCCUGCUGCACCUUCCCCCCUCUAGCAUCCUUCCUCUUUAGACACAAAGUAUAGAUGUUGCAGUACCCCUCCGUUAAAAUUUGGUUUAAAUUCAACGGUUAUCUGUAACCUUCCUGAAUAGUGAAAUCAUGGAGGUCAGCGGUUUCCUCAGUUUGGGACUAAUCAGUCUGUCUGUACAACUUUGUUUCUUUAACACUCACCAGAAAAUCUGAUCUUAAAACAUUUGAAUUCCUAACACGUAAAAUAUGACAGCCUACAGUUUUGUAGGCAGUAAAGUCAUGGCUGCUAUUUAUAAAUGAAACUUCUACCAAAAUAAGUAACUGUUUAUAAAAUCAGUUUUUGUAGGAUUUUCCAAGGAAAAGUCGCCUUGGUUGAAUGUUUCUCACUAAACUUUACAGAAGUGGUACAUAUUGGUACUGUUUUUAAUAACUUUUUUAAUACAAGGACAGAAUAUUUCCAAGGAAGCCAAAGUUUGUUAAUAAUUUUUAUAAGACUAAAAUUAAAAAAGAUCUGAAUGUAACUGUGGUCAUAUUAAGCUGAAGGAGGAAAAAAACAAUAUAUUGAUCCAAAAAAAGUUGUUUUAUAAAUGAUCUGUUGUAAUGUCUGUGGGUCUCUGUAUCUUUCAGCACUGAUAACUUUGCCAUUUACAGAGAGUAAGUAGUGAAAGUAAGAUGAUCGUAUUCACUGACUUAUCUGAUAAGUUUGAUUGAAGAUAAGCCUCAAUCCUCAGUUGAAAAUAAACCUGUAUCUUGGCUAGUGGCUGCUCUGUGUCCAUGAACUUAACCUCUACUUUAGGGCUCAGUAGGAUUCUAGCCAUGGUUUCUAUUGCUUCCUUAGGAAAGAGUUAGUAGCCAAUCAGUUUGUGUUUGUAUUUCCAUUUCUUUUUAUUUCCAUUUCUGUGUAAGCUAGUAAUCGACUAGUCAGACAAAUUCUACUUUGAAAGAGCCCCAACAAUUUAAUGACCCUCUUUGUAAAUGAGAAAUGAUUCUUGUUAUAUUAAUGAAUCUACAAAUAAUAUGCUGGAUUAAUUGCCCUAGGUUAAUAGCUGGAGGAACUGUUAUAGACAACACUAAAGGUGUGAAUUUAUAUCUGAGUUUUAUUUUCAGUCUUGCUAAAUAAAAUGAGUCUUUGUAUUUA